GGAGAACGCAGCAGACAGUGCAAGUCAAAAAAGUGCCGGAAAAUUCAUUUGGCGUAUGUGGGAACUGAAGAAACUGCAGAGAAGAGUCAACGAACUAGAGAAAUCAUUUAACAGAACAUCUAAAGUUAUUGAAGAACUAGGAAAAGAAAAAGAUACAAGAAUGAGGAGGAUGUUACAACGAGGUGAUAAAAUUGGCGAUGUAGAUCGAGAAGAGUUUGAAAGUGCUUUAGAGGAAAUGGGAGAAGCUAUAAGUGAAUUAGCACAGAAAUUACAGAAACAGAGUUCAAGGAGUGAAUUAAUUAGCGAUGACAUCUUAAAUGAACUUCGCAUCAAGGCUUCCGAAGAAGAGAUUUCAAAGUAUCGAGGUCCAGUUAACGAAAAGCUGAAAGCUCUCGGAUUAGCAGUUAAAAACCUGCAUGACAUUGUUAAAGCAGUAAUCUACCCAGAGGCGCCAGGAGUUACAAAAUGCCUGUCAUGUGGUCAUAAAGCUCAUUUGCCAUACACGAAUUACUUGCAGAAGGAACGCAAAACAGCCCCUGAAAAGAAAAUAGAAACGUGUGUAACAAGAAUUCUGCUUUGUCUCUUACGUGGACCACGUCAUCUCCUCCAUGGACAUGCCACGUGCCCGGAGGGGAAGUCCAUGGAGGAGACAAAAACCUAAACCAAG